AUGAGUGGCCGAUUACGUGAUAAAUAUCGAAAAUUUAAAAGUGGUGCUGAAAAGCGAAAACUUAAAAAUGUUCAAAAAGAGCAGGGUAAACUUUUAAAAAACUCUUUAUGUAAAUUUUUAAAUAAAGAUCAAAUUGAUUGUGUUACCGGAAACAAUAUUACUAUUGAUACAAAAGAAUUACAAUCUAGUAGCAAGACUGAACAGAAUGAAGACGAUGAAAUUGAUUAUGACGAUCCAGGUAAAUGGCAAAAUAUUACAGAUAAAUUACGAGUUUAUUUAUUAGAGAACUCGUCUUCAAAAAUUAUAAAUUAUAAUUUUCCAUCAAACGACGAAGGUAGAAAAUUCAGCAUAUCACAUUAUAAUCGAAUAAUGGGAAACUGUGAAAAAUUGGUAAGAAAUUGGCUUUUAUAUUCUAAAUCUUUAAAUCGAGUUUUUUGUAUCUAUUGUCGUUUAUUUUCUUCAAACUCAACUUCAUCAUUGGCGUCAGAAGGAUUUUCUAAUUGGAAACAGAUAAGUGAACGUUUAAAAAAGCAUGAAUUAUCUAUUUCACAUAAUAUAGCUCAAGAGAAAGGGCUACAACUACGUAUGAGAUUUAAUCUCCAUAUAACUAUAGAUAAUGCUAUUCAAAGAAACGUAAAUAUUGAAAAAGAACGUUGGCGUAAUAUUCUUAAACGAAUUAUUGCAUGUAUAGAAUUUUUAGCAGAGCAUAAUGACUCUUUUCGUGGUACAAGUUCUAAGUUAUAUACAGCUAAUAAUGGUAAAUUUUUAGGCUUACUUCAAAUGAUUGCAAAAUUUGAUUUAAUUGUGGCUGAUCAUUUAAAACGUGUAUAUAAUAAUGACAUCCAUGAUCAUUAUUUAGGUCCUAGGAUACAAAAUGAACUUAUUAAUAUUAUUUCCACAAAAAUACGUGAUGAUAUAAUAAAUCGAGUAAGACAAAAUUUUACACUAAAACCAAUGUCAGAUACUAGAUGGGAAUCUCGGGUAGAAUGGGUUAAGCCUAUCCGUUUUCAAUUAUGCCAAGUACAUGACGCUUUAAUAGAAAUAAGUGAAUCAAUAAAGGAUCCUAAAAUAAAAAGUGAAAGCUCAAAUGAAGGGUAUGAGUCGUCAAAAAAAAUUGCGCAAAAUUUAUGUAAAGGCUUUGAUAUUCAAGCAGUUUUUAAACAAUCUAGAAUUAAAAAAAAAGUUAAUCAGUUCAAUUAUGAAAGCAAAGAUGCACGUCUAAAUUCAGCUGAGCAAACAUUUUACAAUGAUUAUUUUCUAGCCGUAAUAGAUCAAGCAAUCGUAUCAAUUAAUGAACGUUUUGAACAACUAUCUCAUCAUUCUGAAUAUUUUGGAUUUUUAUAUAAUAUUGAAAAUUUAAAAACAUUUGACGAUGAAACGUCAAGAAAACAUUGUAUGGAUUUAGAAACUUUUUGA